UUAUAGUUCAUGGUGUUAUAGUUAAACCAACGUUAUUACAGUGGCAUGAUUUUCUAAAUAAAUUUGAAUAUUUAAAUAAAUAAUUUUUAAAUAUGCCGACAUACGAAAUGCCUUUACUUCUUCGUGUGAUGGAUAAGCCAGAAACCUUUAACGUUUUAAAAAGAGCAGCAACUGCAAUUUUUGAUAAUGGUGGAAUUAUUAGAAAAAUAGAAAAUUUAGGUAUAAAACAACUUCCAUGCAAACUCAGCUUUAGAGGAAAAACUUAUUGGCAAGCAAAUCAUUUUUUAUAUCGUUUUGAUGUACCUCCAUCAAGAGUAAUGGAUCUUAUCGAUGAAUAUAAUCGAGAUGUCGAUAUCCUUAGAAAUAGAAUAUAUAAAGAAGAAAACAUUCAGCCCAUUGAAUGUACAUUACAUGAGGAAUUAUUACCUCCUAUAUAUAGGAAAGAUGUUAUGAAAUUAAUGGAGAUUGCAGAAAUACAGAGAAAAAAACAUGAGAAAUUACAAUUUAACAGAGAAAUGGUAUAUUAUCCUUCUUCAAAAUCUGAUUAAGUUUCAUAAUUUCAUUAUCUUAUGUACAUAGCUUUAUAAUAAAGUAAACAACUCUAUAAAAAUUAAA